AUGGGUGGCUCGGCCUUUACACAAGCACCUUACCUCCUAAGAACACCACGUAUGCCACCAGAGGUGUACCAGCACAUGGUGACGCAUUGCCACACGGCACUUUCCUGUCUAUUUCGGACAGUGAUGGCACCUGUCGAGGCACCUGAUAAGGACAGUUUUGGAGACGUUGACUUUCUUGUUGCCCAGCCGAUUGAUGCAGAUGUGGACGAAUCUGCGAACAUAAGAGAGCCGGAGGAAGGAAUAAAGCCAAAGACUGGCGAACGCCCUGUGAUUUGGUCAAAGAUUGAGAAUGCACUGGGGGCCGCGAGGUUCAAAUACAACGGAAAGGACGCCACUGCCAACUUUGCCUUGCCUUGGCCACAUGAGUAUGCCAGCCUGGAGAGUAAUGUGGUGGACGUGAAUUCAGCCAAUGAUCAGCAAGUGCAGUUGGCCGAUGGCACUCCAGAGCACGACGAUACCCCAACGCAUAAUGGCGAAAACAAACUGGCAGUGCCAGAUGCAGACACCACAAAGGUUGAAGAACAACCAACCAACAACAACCAAGAAGUCUCCAACUACGUCCAGGUCGACAUUCGAAUCUGCUCAACCGUUAAGCAGCUCCUCUGGGCCGCCUUCAAGCACGCCCACGGGGACAUGUGGCAGCUCCUCGGCACCAUCAUCCGCCCCCUCGGCCUCAAAGCCGACGAAACAGCCUUGUACCUGAUCAUUCCCGAGAUCGAGCCCAUCAACAAGAAACGCGCCAUGGUCUUCCUCUCGGACGACCCGAGCGAGGUCUGCGACUUCCUGGGCCUGCCCCACGCCGACGGACAGUGGGAGAAGCCCUUUGCCUCGGUCGACGACAUGUUCGCCUACGCCUCCCAGUGCCGCUUCUUCUGGCUCUGGCCGCACACGCCGGGCAGCGACGGCACCGCCUGCGACGACCCGCUUGCGCCCACCAGGACGCAGACGGCCAACGACCGCCGCCGCAUCAAGACCCGCCCGGCCUACCGCGCCUGGGUCGACGACUUCAUCCCACGCCUGCGCGCCCGGGGCCUGCACGCGCCGCCGGCCCAACUCGCGCACUUGUCCAAGGACGCGCUGCGCGACCACGUCCGCGACGAGUGCUUCGGCUUCUUCCCGGCCUCGCGCGCGCUCUACGCGGCGCAGCUGAAGGCCUGGACGGCGGAGCGGCAGGAGCUCGCGGUGCGGUCGGAGCUGAUCAAGAGUGUCGCGUCGGAGGAGGCGGUGGCGGCGCACCCGGGCUACGACCCCGUGCACGGCAGCUCUAGGAGCAUCGUGCUGGCCGCGCUCAAGAAGAUCGUGGUGGAGGGGGAUGCGUCGUACGGCGGCAUCGUGCCCGCGUCGCCGCUGCGCAACCCCGACGGCACAUGGCGCAUGGACGAGGCCGCCGCCUGGCUGAGGGGGAACUGGGCCGCCGUGGCGGAGGUCGCGUGGGCUAUGCACCGGGCCAAGUGCGCUGGCAAUAGCGACGCCAAGAUGAAGAGGAAGGCGGAGGAGGCGGCGGGGAACGAUGCCGCGGUUGGCGGGGAUGAUGUGGUGGUCGAGGCCGGGAGUGGCGUUGGGGUUGCGCACGUCACAGCUACUGAGCCGCUGGAGUCGUCGGCACUGUCUGUGAAAUGA